UCCCAGGCGCUGCACUCGGACCCAGUCCUCCUCUCUGUCCCUCGCCGGCUGCUCCUCUCCGAGGCCCCUUCUGCGCCCCCGUCCGCGGGGUCCUCAGCCCGCUCCCCACCCGAGUCCCCUGGGCUGCGUCCCCGGUUCCUUCCCACCUCCCCGCUGCUCCUUCUGCUCCUUGCUUAUCGACUCUGUUUCUUUGUUUUUCAUACCCCUACCCCCCACCCCGUGGCAUGUUCUCCUUUUCUCCGACCCGUCGUCUCCGCCGCUGGGAGCAGCCGGACUGCCUCGCCAAGAUCGAGCGCCUCACCCUCCAUCCCGCCCCCGGCUGCAAGUCACUGCCCGCGGGAUUGACAGCUAGAACGGAAGCUACGCUCACAAGCUAUUGCCCAGGCUACUUCCCAACGCAGAAAAAUAAUUCCCAGGCAACGAAGAAAAGGAAGAAAAGAGGAGACACAAUAAAUGGAUGCCAGAAAAUAGUCUCAAACUUAAUAGGAUUGUGGGGUCGAUUCAUGCGUCUUUAAUAGAGACAAAAGUGAACCUUCAUUGAAGUCGUAUUUCACAGCAACAAAAUAGAUCAUCCUUAUUAGGUAGAUGGAAGGCUAAUUCUGUGACAUUUAAAAGAUCACUACUAGUUUUUUUUUUUAAUUAAAGAAGGGUUUCUUAACUUAUUUUUUGAAACUUUUAUUGUUUAAUAUUGAUUUAUAAUGUGGGGGGAGAUACUACCCCUCAAAUGUCAGGGACACUUCAGUAGCAUUGAUGUCUGAACCACUGGCUUUGUGACAGUAAUUCUCAGCUGGAAUUACAUAGGCCUUAUUCAGGGGAAGAAUCUAAAAGUAUAGUAGGAGGAGAGCUAUUUCUCUUCUAAAAGAAAA